GUCUGAGGCAAGAUAUAACGAAUAAAACAUAAGCAUGUACCACGUGAGCAUCCAUUACACAGCCUCUCCCCUCCCAGUAAGCCAGAGAGCGAGCCAGUCAUCAGCGGCCUCCUCACAAAUUGUCUGAAGGCGCCACGGCUCUCACUAUAUCUUUAUCUUAUCGUUAUAUCUUGCCUCAGACACAUGACAGACAAUUUCUGUUUGUACCAUUAGGCUCGGCAGUGAAUGCAGAACUUUCGAUACUCAGGGAAAAAAUAGCAAUAACCAGUAAUAAAGACGUUUCGGUGAGUUGAAUUGAAAGCUGUGCUCCGAUGUUUAUAACACUAUUUAUUUAUAGUUAUUUCCUGAGUAAGUAUUUAAAGGAAUACUGUUAUAAACGAUUACAUUUCAUAAAGGCAUGUCUCCUGAACGGAAUGCAGUUGUCAAAUUAUAGUUGGAAGAUAAUGUAAGCGAACUACAGAAGUAUUUAUGAGAAUGUGUCAUCAUGCGGGGCAGGUGAGGUGAGUAAAAGUCUCGGCGUGCGUGACGUCACUACCCCCACCCCCCCAUGCGCGGGCAAAGGGUUGUCCGGUCUGGCUGGCUGACUGUGUGUAUGUAUGUAGACUGUGGUAUGUAGACUGUUGGUGCACUCUCUUGGGCCGUGCUCGCGUCGGUCACCCGGGAGCCUUGCUACGGUGCGGAGUUAUAAGUGUUUGCGUGCAUCUACGGAAGCGAUCCAAGAUAGACAACCAGUUCGGGCGCCGCGCGGUGAGGUACCAUUGUUCAGCGGGCAGCGGCGGGGCAGCGGUGGGCCUCUUCCUGGUGCCCGGCAUGGGAGGCAGCAUGAGUGGCAGUCGGGCCAAGGUUCUGCGCUCGUUCGCCCUGACACACGGCCUGCCAUUUCUUAGCUUUGACUACACGUAUUUGGGAUCAUCUGUGGCCGAGGAACACUGUGAGCCGUGGAACCUGAUCUCGCUGUGGCUGGACGACGCGAGACACAUGCUGCGGCUUGCUCGUGGGAGGCGGUUGGUGCUCGUAGGCUUCUCCAUCGGCGUCACGGUGGCGCUACAGCUCGCCCUGGGGCAUCCCGAACGGGUGUGUGGCCUGGUGCUGUGUUCGCCCGUGUUCAACAUCACGCAGAUCCUUCCUCCGCGGCACAGGCGAUGCCCCUUGAUCUGGAUUAUCUCCAUGUUCCUGAGGUGCAAGCUCUCGGUACAGCACAUGCGCAAGUUUCUUCGCGACGCUGCGCAGUACAAGUUCACCCUCAGGCCCGACGCUGUGCCCGUGACCUGCCCUGUGAGAAUCGUCCAAGGCAUGCAGGACAUCUUCCCGUACACGAACGCCAUCGUGCUGGGGGAGGCGCUGGCGGCCUCGGACGUGACAGUGACGCUGGUGAAGGCGGCGGACCACUACCUCCUGGACCACGGCAGCCUGGACGCUGUGACCCGCGGCGUGGCCUGCAUCCUGGCCACGCUGUGAGGGGUGUGUGUGUGUGUGUGUGUGUGUGUGUGUGUGUGUGUGUGUGUGUGUGUGUGUGUGUGCGUGUGUGUGUGUGUGUGUGUGUGUGUGUGUGUGUGUGUGUGUGUGUGUGUGUGUGUGUGUGUGUGUGUGUGUGUGUGUGUGUGUGUGUGUGUGUGUGUGUGUGUGUGUGUGUGUGUGUGUGUGUGUGUGUGUGUGUGUGUGUGUGUGUGUUUAGGGAGUGUGCAAGGAGACUGAAUAAUAUUCCAAUGUUUUGUUGCUAUUGUUGUUUACAAUUUUUUUUAUCUUGA